CAAAUUCACGACCAAUAUAUUUCAAGCCCACCUUGUUUACGAGGGAGGGGGGGUUGAAGCGACUGUGGUUGUGCGUGCAGGCGCAAUGAGCCUAGCAAAACACUUUCCCUCCUUCACGAUUUCCCAAGGUAGCGUACUCUGCCAAUCUUGGCCGUGGCGUCUGCCCAACAACGCACCAGACACCAUGAAACACACGGGCGCCCCGCGCCAUGCGCAAUGUACCCGUGCUCAGAGAACAAACCAGACAAAGCAUUCCCCUGGUGACCAGCGCAGGCCGCCAGUCCCGCGACCAUCAGUAGAACAAGAAGUUGAAGGAGACACAACCAAGUUCCCUCAUGUUUACAAUGGAGCACCUUUCGAGGGGCGGGCUGUUUAUGCUGCAUGUUUCACAUUGCUGCAUGCACAUCGCUGCACUUCCGGGCACGGCUCAGACACGCCACGCCAGGUCAACAAUGUUUGUGGGAUGAGCAACAAAAAAAAGAUGAAGGAGACAUGCAGACGCUCCUGCACGCGCCAACAAGAUGUGAUUCGAGCAUGGCGAAUGCUGCAUCAUUUUGGUCACGCUCAAAGGCAGGGCCGAGCAAAGCCUAUGUGCCAACCUUUGUGAGCCAAGAGCGGAAUAUGUGAGUUUUGUUCUGAUAGUCCUGGGCUGACGACAGCGUUGUGUCGAAACGGAGGGAGAGAGUAAUAUCGUCCCUCCCGCUUGCGGGAGACG